UGAUCUUCUCGAAGAUUUUGACUCCAAAAGUCAAAUGCGAAAUCAAGUGUGAAGAASCUGAGAAACGAAAUUGUUUGGAAUUUUGAAGGGCGAUUGUGAAGUAGACCUAGGCUGUGUUGACAUUUACGAUGGAGAAAUCUGCCGUUUUUAUAUAUGCAGUUAUAUACCUGGCCUUACAGUUACAACUGGUAUUAGCAGCUUAUUCAAAUGCGUGUAAUAGUUCUGCUUUAAUACUCGAAAAUAAAGAGUUAGGUCUUCGUGGCGGUAGGCUUCCUGAUAAUCACUUCCAGGCUUCAUCGUACCCUGAUCCAACUCCAGAAGGCGAGCACACACCUUGGAGAGGACGUCUUGAGCAAGAAGCGUCAGGCAAUCAAGCUUCGUGUUGGUGUUCCAAGUUCAAAGACAAGAAUCAAUGGCUUUGGAUAAACCUGGGGAUAUUUUUCUGGGCCAUUAUGGCUUUUCUUCUACUGAUCGCGUUCUUAGGAUUGCUGAUCUAUUGCUGCAUUAUAAGAAGAAGAACCUACYCCAAAGAAAAGGUGAUAAAGGAGAAAUCCGUCAAGGCACCCAYUGAGAGAARGCCCGGCAGCUACGURAAYGACGCCUACGACAUGACCGUCAUGACAAACAAGACGAGCGUGCGCAGUACUCCACAAGAAGUCGAAGAUCCUGGAGAUGAAAUCCAAGAGGUUACUGCUGAAUUCACAGCUGAUGAACAAGAAAAUCAAAAAGGAAUCGUCGGCUUUAGUGUGACUGAUGACACUAAGAACGAAUCAGACGAGGAAACUACUGCAAAUGGAGAUGUCAACUGGGAUGAAUACAAGGAAAGAGCAAUGUCCAAAAGAUCGCAUCAUGCUUAUGAAAACGUAGACUUGAAAAACAACCCCUAGAGGCCAUUUUAAURCAGCUAAGACUGCCUAGACAUUAUUGUUUAAUGUACAUGUAUUAGAUACUCCAAAAAGGAUUGUUGGAGAGAGUGGAAAGCACUUAAACUGUCUGUGAACUUUGUUGCUAAUAUUCAUCACAAAGGCAGACAAUAUUGUGGUACUAGAUUAUAAAUUUCUUUGCCAUCUUUCGUAUUAUAAGUAUUUAUCAAUCAAUACCUUGCAAGGGGUACUUUUGCUCGUAUAUUGUCUGCAACAACCUUGUUUUGAAAUAAGUCUAAAUAGAUCGAUCUCUCAUUCAUUGCUUAACAAUAUACACAAAAUUUGAAGCCUAAAACGCCUACAAUAGAAUGUUUUGCCUCGGGCAAUAAAGUCAUUACAUAAAAUUCUAUGUCUUCAUCAAAUUUAUGUUGAUAGUAGCUACAAUGUCGCAAACUAGGUUUAGCAGGCUAAGUCUGGUAAACUUAAACAGGCUUGUUAUUUCACGCGGCAUGUGCACUUUCUACUCUACAAUUCCAGCACUUUUGGGUUUAGCUAUACCGACCUGCAAGGAAUCACAGUAGAUAAAAUGGCUACUCGUUUUCAAUGAAAAACCACUCUUAAUAAUCUUAACAGAUAUUUCGCAAUUGACUGCAUUAAACAGUGAAUUAAAACAAAUUUGUACAAUUUUUAA